AUGGCGUAUCAAGGCCAAGGAGGUGGAUAUGGCGAUGGCCAUCGGCUGAACGACAUGCCUCCCCAGAGAUACGACCAAGGUCAUCAUUCCAAUUCAGAUGACGAAGAGGUUGAGCGUUCCCUUUUGCACCCGAAUCCCACUGGUGUAAACCCUGGUCCGUUUGACGACCCAGGCUACCACGCUCCUCACUCACCCCUCGGGGACCACCGUCCUGGUUCCACGUACAGCUUGACCGAGUCCUAUGCGGAUGGCGCGAACACUACACGAGCACCUCCGUAUGGUGGUUAUGCGGAGAACUACUCGAAUCCUGAUGAUCCAUCCAACGCGUAUGGUGUACCAGGCCGCGCACCUUCACCUUACAACAGAAGUGACACUAGCUCAACUGAGGCAUGGAAGCAACGUCAGAACCCUGGUGGCCCAGCUGCACAGGGCGGUGGUUUGAAGCGUGGUCAGACCCGUAAGGUCAAGCUUGUCAAGGGCCAGGUUUUGAGUGCAGACUACCCAGUCCCAAGUGCCAUUCAGAAUGCCAUUCAAGCAAAAUAUCGCAAUGAUCUCGAGAGCGGCAGUGAGGAAUUCACACACAUGCGAUACACCGCUGCGACGUGUGAUCCCAAUGAAUUCACGCUGCAAAAUGGAUACAAUCUGCGGCCGUCUAUGUACAACCGCCACACCGAGCUUUUAAUUGCCAUCACCUAUUACAACGAAGACAAGGUGCUUACUGCGAGAACACUCCACGGUGUCAUGCAAAACGUCCGCGAUAUUGUCAACCUCAAGAAGUCCGAGUUCUGGAACAAGGGUGGUCCAGCUUGGCAAAAGAUUGUGGUAGCCCUCGUGUUUGAUGGUAUCGAUCCUUGUGACAAAGGCACUCUCGAUCUGCUUGCCACUAUCGGCAUCUACCAAGAUGGUGUCAUGAAGAAAGAUAUUGACGGCAAAGAGACAACUGCCCAUAUUUUUGAAUACACGACUCAGCUGUCGGUAACGCCGAACCAGCAACUGAUUCGCCCUCAUGACGAUGGUCCUACCACACUCCCGCCUACGCAGAUGAUCUUCUGUUUGAAGCAAAAGAACAGCAAGAAGAUCAACUCCCACAGAUGGCUGUUCACUGCCUUCGGUCGCAUCUUGAACCCAGAGGUCUGCAUUCUGCUGGAUGCUGGUACUAAGCCCGGGCCCAAGUCUCUCCUUGCCUUGUGGGAGGCUUUCUACAACGACAAGGACCUUGGUGGUGCUUGUGGUGAAAUUCACGCUAUGUUGGGUAAAGGCUGGAAGAAUCUCCUCAACCCUCUGGUUGCUGCGCAGAAUUUCGAGUACAAGAUCAGUAACAUUCUCGAUAAGCCACUGGAAUCAUCCUUUGGUUAUGUCAGUGUGUUGCCUGGUGCUUUCUCGGCUUAUAGAUAUCGCGCUAUCAUGGGCCGUCCAUUGGAGCAAUACUUCCACGGUGACCACACACUUUCCAAAAUUCUAGGAAAGAAGGGUAUCGAGGGUAUGAACAUCUUCAAAAAAAACAUGUUCUUGGCCGAGGAUCGUAUUCUUUGCUUCGAGCUUGUCGCCAAGGCCGGUUCAAAGUGGCAUUUGACUUAUGUCAAAGCGUCCAAGGGUGAGACCGAUGUGCCAGAAGGUGCUGCUGAAUUCAUUGGUCAGCGUCGUCGCUGGCUGAACGGUUCCUUUGCCGCCAGUAUUUACUCGCUCAUGCACUUCGGUCGCAUGUACAAGAGUGGACACAACUUGAUUCGCAUGUUCUUCUUCCACGUCCAGUUGAUCUACAACGUGUGUCAACAAGUACUCUCAUGGUUUGCAUUGGCUUCUUUCUGGCUUACCACAUCGGUUAUCAUGGAUCUCGUCGGUACUCCUCCGGAUGUGCAAGAAGGCCAAACAGCUGAGACAGCCUGGCCUUUCGGUAACACCGUCACGCCUAUCCUGAACACGGUGCUUAAAUAUCUCUACUUGGCAUUUGUUCUCUUACAAUUCAUUCUAGCGCUUGGUAAUCGUCCUAAGGGUUCACGAUGGUCAUACAUGACUUCGUUCGUUGUUUUUGGUGUCAUUCAGUUCUACCUGAUCAUCCUCUCCAUCUACUUGGUCGUCCGAGCCUUCACUAAUCCAAACGCCGAGCAUUUGAAUGCAGAGAAUGCCGGUACGCUCAUCAAAUCGUUUUUCAGCAACACCGGGCCUGGUAUCAUCAUCAUUGCCCUCGCCGCUACAUUCGGUCUGUACUAUGUUGCUUCCUUCCUUUACCUGGACCCAUGGCAUAUGUUCACUUCAUUCCCGCAAUAUCUUCUCAUCAUGUCGUCUUACAUCAACAUUCUGAACGUCUACGCUUUCAGCAAUUGGCACGAUGUUUCCUGGGGUACCAAGGGUUCUGAUAAGGCGGACGCACUUCCUUCAGCCAAGACUGAGAAAGCGAGCGACGGAAAGCACACAGUCAUCGAAGAGCCGGAUCUUGCCCAGGCCGAUAUUGAUAGUCAAUUCGAAUCAACGGUAAAACGUGCCUUGGCACCAUACAUUGCGCCUGUGGAAAGCACUGAAAAGACACUCGAGGAUUCGUACAAGAGUUUCAGAACCCAUUUGACCACUUUCUGGAUCUUCUCUAAUGCACUCCUGGCUGUUGUCAUCACUAGCGACAACUUCAACAAGUUUGGUUUCUCCUCUGGCUCAAGUGCCAGAACAGCGCACUUCUUCCAGGCUCUCCUGUACGCCACCGCCGGUCUCUCUUUGAUUCGAUUCCUUGGAUGUCUCUGGUUCCUGGGCAAAUCAGGUAUUCUUUGCUGCUUUGCCAGACGGUAA